GUUUUCAUAUCAAGAGCAUGCUGUACAACCUUGUGAGCGUCUUGAGAUCCAACUGUGUUCACAGCAUACGAGAAAGCGGAUAUCAUCAAGAUCAUCUGAAGAGUGGGCCUCAAUAUCGAUGGGAGAGAACGAUCCGGUAAUAUCGACGGAUUCCUGAAGAUUGACCGUUAAAACGGAGCCAACGUUGCCGGACGAUACCUUUCCCACUUCCAACUGCAUCGGUUCCUCGCCGCUCUAGUCAGCAGGAAGUGACCCGCAGGCCGGACAUGUCUGUACAGGAGCCAAAGGCCAAACGAACGCAUGCGAGACGAUCAUGCGAGCUCUGCAAAGUCCGUAAGACACGAUGCGAACUUCCAGAUACCGACGUCGCAUCCUCCUCUGAACCUCUGCCAUCGGAAAAAUCAUGCCAUCGGUGUAAAGUCCUGGCCUUGCCAUGUGUGGUGGAUGAUACGGCCAAGAAGACUAGACCACCUAGAAGAAAAGAACCGAAUGCCACUCAAGAGACCAAAUCGGGAGUCAAGAAGAAGCGUCCGAGGAACGACGGGGACAUCGAUGAGAUCUCGGGAGACAAUGUGAAUAGAGGCAGAGGUGAUCGCCAUGGGAGCUUCUCUGGUCCAAACAGUGACCUUGAGGCAUCGAAUAUAGCCGGUCCUAGUCGACUCAAUCGAACGGAAUAUGAUUCCUUGGACGUCCUUCAUGGUUUCCGACUGCAAGGAAGCAAAGAGAUGGGGGAUGUCAUGCCUCCUUUCGGAUCCUCUGCACCGAUGGACUCACCCCAGAGUCAGAGUAUGAAACUUCAUGGACGGCCCCUCGAACUGGUCUGUGCGAUGCUUAGUGUGGCGUAUGGCAAGAAAGGCGUGGUGAUGCGAGGUCUGGAGAUUGGCAGCGACGUGAACAUUUAUCAGGUGGUCGAUGCGGAUAUGCGGCGCAGACUGGCAUAUGGUGUCGCUCAGCUACAGACCUUUCACCCGUGGCUAGACUCUCUCGAUGUUCUCUUCUCGGACCAUCGUGCCGACACGGAUCCCGCUUACAAACUCCUCCUAUCCCUCGUCGUCUUUAUCGCCAGUCUGUCCCUUCCCAUCGACCCGGUCUUCAUCAACAUGCGUUCAACUCUGUCUCCCAUUAUCAACACCUUACGGGACGAUGUCAUGAUUCAACUGCCUCGCAGUGUACACGCGGCUCAAGCUUUGGAAAUGCUGUCCUUGCAUGCUCCGCUCGGUGUCCUGCCUAUCAAAUCCGUCAACCCGAGGACGCUGUCAGUAGCUCGCGGACAGGCGUCCUCAGGCAUGCUCAUCAUCUCGUCCCUUGACUACCCGACAAAGGUCCGUAAUUCGACAGCGUACGACACGAUGACGGGUGGUUUCCACGUCGACGAAGUUUGGACUUGGAUGUCGCUUUGCGCAGCUGAAGCGGGUAUGGCUCUGGAGAAUGAAUCGCCACCCAGACCUCAAUCGCUCGAUGAGGCUCGAGACCUCGCCGAGAGAUACUUGUCACCGGAUCGCCUGGACAUGUGGAAGUCCACCAAUUCUGUUCCCGUUUCGAAUCUCAUCGGUCGCUUGUCGGUGUGCGAUCGUUUAUGCCGGAUCGGCGCAGUCCAUGAUGCGUACGGCUCACUGCGUGGAGCACUAGACGUUGCCGCGGCAGAUACGACGUUUGACUUGGUCACCCACGUGAAUCAUCAGGUACAAGAUCUGACACAGAGAUUCGAGGAGAUGGACCGACGGCACGAUGCAAUCAUGAGCCUCUUUGCCCCUCGUUCUGGCAAAAUCGAAACCGGCUGGAGGACUUACCGAAAUCUCAGGAAACGGUACGAGGGAAAUGCGAUUUUUGUGAUGGGCCUUCGCAUCGUCAUGGCUGCGGCGUAUGUUCCCGGUGGUCCACUUGCCUUUUCUGGUUUACCAAUGGCUUUAUCGACCAGUCAAAAGCCAAAAUACGCUCUUGCGAGAGCGUGUAAUCCACCUGAUAUGAUUCCGAUCAUCAUGUCCCCUGAUGGUCCGAUCAAACGAGCCAUGUGGCACUGGGGAACGAUCCGUGGAGAAAAGUGUCAAGAGAUUCUACAACUGUUUUUGGACCUGGCGCAAGUAUUUGUACCCUUGGAUUUCCCUCAACGUGAAGCGAGACCUGAGGUGACGCGGGAGCCGACAGUCAUUGUCCCAAUACACGAAUGCUGCUGUAUAGCCGUGGAAGCGUGCAAGAUUUUGAUGGAGAUGCAGAGGAGCUCGGUCUUGGUCAUGCAGCGUGGGGGAGAAAUCACGAAAUUUCUCGUUCCUCUCUGGUACGAAACUCUCCGUCAAGUCUGUGAAGCGAUACACAAGAUGAGCUCAGCAGCCGUGACGAACGCACAGGACGAAUCUCAGCAUCGGUUCGAGUCGGUCGCGCAGGGGUGCAGUCGAUUACUGGAUUCAAUGAGGCGGAUGGCACAUGAUUACGUGAGGGGAGUCGAAGGCAUGGACAGAGGCGAGAGGGCGAGUAGUGUCGGGUCUGGAGCUAUGGGCGGUAAUGCCACGCCUCAAGCACAAUCACAAUCAAACACGGUGGCAUACCCUCAUUUACCUUCGGAUCGAUCCGAUACGCCUCUGAGCGGGAUCCUCCCUUCACCUCACCCGUCCAUGCUUAACACGACUCCUAGUCAGUAUCCUCAUCUUCAGCUUUCAAAUGGGCUAUCGCACGAGGUUCAGAAUGGUAUGCCUCCUGGAGGAUACAUGGAUCGAUCAGAUCGAUGGAUGGCAACGGACCAUCACGUCGGCGUAGGUGACGGUCAUAAUGGUCCUCCUCCCAGUGUACCGUCCCAUAUGGUUGACAUGCCCAUGGUGGACAACGGUCAAGCCCAGAAUAAUAACAUGAAUCAUUCUGCUCAUUCAGCGCACCAUCCGAUGAAUGGACCUCCUGGACCUCAGUAUUCGAACGGUCAAUCAGUUGCCGAUGGCAAUUGGCCAGCAGACCCGACUCCACUGGAUCUACUCUUAUCUCAGAUGUUCAACUACCCGAAUCCUUUCGCGUCGCCUCAGAUACCGCAGCCUCAAAUGAAUGGACAGAACACUGCCACGCCAAUACUGAAUUCAUCUAUCAGGAUGAGCGAAAGGGGUGGAGGCCAUGAUCAGACGGGCGACGGUGGAGGUGGGGGUGGCGGACAGUGGAAUCGGCCGUGAUUAGUGUCUGGGGCCAGAGGGAUGCCAGGACGUGGAAAGGUCUUUGAGCAUUGUUUCCGGAACCGCAGCAACGAGGCGGAAGGAUGUAUCAUCCCAGUCCUUUUGAGUCAUACAUGAGGAUGCAGCAUGUAGCCCCUAAA